CUCUGGGGAAGAGUGGACAGAAGAAGCAUGAACUUGGGUUUAACUCAAAGUGAUUAUCUAGAUGAGACACAUCUUUUCCAUUUUACCGUAUCAUAAUAGUAUGCAUAUUUACAGAAUCUUUUGCCAUAUCUGUUUAACCACCACAUCUGUAAAUGUUGCUGAACGGUCCGGUAGAAGAGAUGAAAGCACCAGGCGCUGCAUUGUUGGACCAGCUGCAUAACUGUACGGUUUGCUGACAACACCGGGUUGCCUCAUGGACAUCGGGGAUCAAAAUGGUUAUGGACACCAACAGCAGUUUUAUUUACAGUAACAUCAAGUCCAACAUGAUAGAAGAGAAACAGAGGGAUCUCAGCACAAUUAGAACGAUUUCAGAAUCGCUGGACUUAUAUUAUUUAUUGAAGAUUAUACAGAAAGCAACUCCCAGUUCCCUGCCAACUUCUAGCCUGUUCACAGAGAACGAUACUCAAUGCGGGGAGAAGAUUCUGAAUUACGGAAACAUGGAAAAAAUACUUAUUGGGGUUAUUCUGACGAUGCUCACUUUAUUGACCAUUGCUGGAAACUCUUUGGUAGUUAUUUCGGUAUGCUUUGUAAAGAAACUAAGACAGCCUUCGAAUUAUCUCAUCGUUUCUCUGGCUCUGGCUGACCUCUCGGUAGCAGUGGCUGUAAUGCCGUUUGUCAGUGUCACGGACCUUAUUGGUGGACAGUGGAUCUUUGGACAGGUUUUCUGUAACGUCUUUAUAGCGAUGGAUGUGAUGUGCUGUACAGCUUCAAUCAUGACCCUAUGUGUUAUAAGUAUAGAUAGGUACCUUGGAAUAACUAAACCUUUAACGUACCCUGUGAGACAAAAUGGAAGAUGCAUGGCCAAAAGGAUCUUGUGCGUUUGGCUUCUGUCUGCCUCCAUUACUUUGCCUCCUCUCUUUGGGUGGGCCCAGAAUGUAAAUGAUGACAAAGUGUGUUUGAUCAGUCAAGACUUUGGCUACACCAUUUACUCUACAGCUGUGGCGUUUUACAUCCCCAUGUCGGUGAUGCUGAUCAUGUACUACCAGAUAUACAAAGCCGCCAAGAGGAGUGCUGCUAAACACACAUUUUCUGGCUUCCCCCGGCCAGAAGAGAAUGACGGCAUUGACUGCGCCCCGGGAGCUAUAAAACUGCGCAAGGAGUCGGAAGAGUGUACCAAUUUUUCUCGGCUUCUCAAGCACGACAGAAAAAACAUCUCCAUUUUCAAAAGGGAGCAAAAAGCAGCCACCACCCUGGGGAUUGUUGUGGGGGCAUUUACGGUUUGCUGGCUGCCUUUCUUUCUGCUGUCCACAGCAAGGCCCUUCAUCUGCGGCAUCGAGUGUAGCUGCAUCCCCCUUUGGGUAGAGAGGACAUUAUUGUGGCUGGGCUAUGCCAAUUCCCUCAUCAACCCUUUUAUAUAUGCCUUCUUCAACCGGGACCUGCGGACCACAUACCGGAACCUGCUGCAGUGCAAAUACAGGAACAUCAACCGCAAACUGUCAGCAGCAGGGAUGCAUGAAGCUCUGAGGCUUGUAGAGAGACCAGAACUCGUAUUGUAGCAUGCACUGCUUUGAGGGAACACUGUCUGUAACUUGGUUAUAU